AGUCCUCCGUAAAAAUGACAACAAUAUUGUAAACACCAAAAAUCAUGUGGACCUGCGUAUGUGACGCAAAAACGCAAUCAUUCAUAAUGGAAUAAUAAAACUGAACGAUUUUGCUGAAGCGCGUCCUUCCAGUUCCGGUUGUGUAUAAAUAUCGAUCGCGUAACGUAUACGGUCCGCUUAUCGUUCCCCUCUCCCUCCUAUAACGGGAACGGAAACGCGAAGGUCAUCCAAGUUCAACUUUACAGUUGUCGACUGACGCGGCGUUCUCAACGUUAUUUCAUCACGUUUUGGUUUAGUUAAAGUGUUUCGAGGGGAAUUAGUACGAAGAAAUUAACAUUGAGAUGGAUGUGGACGAGUAUUUAGUGUCUCUGAUGGAAAAACAUCCCAAUUUGUACAACAAACGCGACGAAUUUUACAAAGACACCAAACGCAAACGGGAAUCGUGGGACGCCAUUGCGAAAGCAAUGAAUAUGGACGUAAAUUCGGUGAAAAAGCGAUGGGAGAACUUAAGGGAUAGAUUCGUCCGAGUCUACAGAGAAUACACCGAUUAUCCCGCUUUAGCAGGAAGCAUCAGAAACAAAUACAAAUUAUUCGAUAAUAUGAUCUGGCUAGCACCUCACAUCCGCAAACGCAGAAUGACGUCUUCAGUUUUCGCAAUGAAGAGUAAAGCCAGCACUAGCAACCAAUUCAACUUAAACGACGACACGCAAAGCAGUGAAACCCACGAAAGUAUAAACAUAAAAACCGAAACACAAUCGAAUUUAUCCGACGUGAGUUAUCACGAAUCGUUCUUGGACGAAGAAGUUUUACUAUCAACAACAACACAGAAACAAAAUGAAACGAAUCAAGUGGUACAAAAUAAGUCCGAUCAUUAUUUUAUGAUGUCGGUAGUACACGAUUGUCAGAGUUUACCACCGAGAAAAAAAUUAAAAUUCAAGAAAGAUGUUUUAGGGUUAUUGGAAAAAUAUCUCUUCGAGGAUGAAAAAUAGUGGCAUUUUUUGAUAAUAAUAACUGUACAUUACGUUGAUUUUAAUAAAUAUUUUAUUAUUGUG